CCAGACAUGACACAACACCCAAUGAGCCCACUUCAGCUUCGACCUGUCUGUCCACUUUGAGUUGGAGAAAGAUGUCUGGGAAAGUGAAGUCCAGAAGUUGUGCGAAUCCUGUCGAUUCUGCUACGCAGUCCCUCAACGAAAGAAUUCUGAAGGAGUGUCAUACUCUUUACAUCGAUCCUGAGAAUGGUCUUGUGAAGAUUGCAGAAAGCUUAAAUUUGAAUCUGCUUGCUCCAAGAAAAAAAAUCUCUGUUCUGCUCAUAGGGAAUCAUUCAGCAGGCAAAUCAUCCUUUAUAAAUUGGUAUGUUGAAGAACAUGUUCAGAAAACUGGUGUAGCCAUCGAAACUCAAGGUUUCACAUUUGUAACCAGUGGAAGGAAGCGUGAAUCUCUCACGGGAAAUGCAACACUUCAUCUGUAUCCUCACUAUGAACCACUCCGACAAAUUGAAGGGGUUGUUGACUAUCUGCAAACAGAGAUCUCAACAUCAAAACAAAAGAAAUUCAGUCUGGUCACCUUUGUCGACACACCUGGGCUCGUGGAUGGUGACAUGAAGUACCCAUUUGAUGUCAAUCAUGCCAUUUUAUGGCUUGGCGACAUGGCAGACUUGAUAUUUGUGUUCUUCGACCCAAUUGGUCAGGCUUUGUGCAAGAGGACGUUGAACAUUGUGGAACACUUGAGUGAAAAACAUGCAGAUAGAAUGAAAUUUUACCUGAGCAAGGCAGACGAAGCAGGCCACGAAAGUGAUAGGCAGAGAGUAAUGAUGCAAAUAGUACAGGAGCUGUGCAAGCGACCAGGACUGAACCGAACUGGUUUUGACAUGCCCACCAUCUACAUACCUAGCAUGAAUCCAAAGGGCAGCCGUUGUGCAAAUCAGAUAGAGGAGGUGUGUAAAGCUGUUGAGAAGACAAUCAACCAGACCAUCCAGAACACACUGAACACGCUGGAAAAGGACUGUGACCAGAUCGCCAAUAUUAUCGAGUUAAAGCUGAAAGAAGACAAUGAGAAGAGCUCUAAAAAUAUGAAAGCAAGAAUCCGUGGGGUUUUCUUCAGUCUGAUUGGUAUAACGUUGCCCAUGUUACUGUUGGCAACCUUCCUUAUCGGCACAUCUCAUAAGACAUUGCAAAAACUUCUUGGGGAAUCGCUAGUUGUCACCCUUGGAACAUACCUUGGUCCAUUUUCUACUUUAUGGCAGCAAAUUCCAGGAUCAUAUACUAACCAUGUCAUCAUUGGAACAUUGGUUCUGGCUUUUAUUAUGUUGCUCAUUGCAAAGUUUUUCUCAAGGACGGUACCAACAAUGACAAGAAAACAGAAGAGAAACCUGCUGGAGAUAAGAGACUAUGUACAGAAUACAGUCAAGUCUAAAAAGCAAACCUUGUAUCAAGAUUAUCUUCAGCAGAGUGUAGCCGACCAAGAUCUUUAGCUGAUUCCACAUGAUUAUCAAGAGAACAAGAUUCCGUUAUCUCAUCAAGACAGAUUUUUCAUUGUUUCAUUCAAUACCGCACAAGCCUACAGACAAGAAUAGUAUGACUGUUCAACCUAAAGCACAUGUAUGCUAUUUUUACUGUGUUCUGUAAGAUCUUUUUUGUAUACUUGCUCAAAAAGUUACUCUGUCAUCUUUAUGGAAAAAGAACAGUUUAGUAUUUGCAUACAUACAAUCAUACACAUGUAUGCCAGUAAUGCAGUUUGGUUUACAAUCUUUAUUUGUAUCUUGCAUAACUGAAUGUUAAGAUUUGAACAACAAGGGAAUGUUUAUUUCCUUUAAAAGAAAUAUUUUAUACAACAGUAUUGUCAACAAAAUGAUGCAGUGUGUUAUUAUAUUUUUCAAUGUGUUGUGUAGUUACGUAUUUUUUUUUAAAUAUAUUUUUCUUAACGAUGACACAUGUUGUGCAGAUUCACUUUCCCAAGAACAAAAUUAGUUGGAUAUGGGGUAGAAAAUGCGUUUAAUAGUUUACGGGUAAUGGGUAAAGUAUACUUAUUGGUGUUAACAAAUAUAACUGGUUAUAAUUGAAACUAUUUGGGUGAUGGGUUUUUUAAAAUGUCCAUGCCCCCUUUUAAUUUGUAAAUGGUCACUCUGUUAUCAAAAUUUAUAAUGCCGAUGUUCUUUGGCAGGAAACAUGAAAAACAAACCCACGGUGAAGCUAGUAGUUUGAUUCGAAUAGUCUGCAGUAACAUGGAGCAUCGUUUUUAUUAUAUCAUUUGAUGCAACUGUCUCAGAAAUGUAGUCAGACUUCUGCUCGACUGCUCAGAUAUUGUAUUUAUGGUGACAAGUUCACAAAUAUUGCAAAAUAAACUGUUAUGCCUAUAUAUUUGGAACUGACCCAAAAACCUACAUUACCUGGUGCUUUAGUUCAGUUAGCCCCUCUGCUCGACUACGCUGAAAUCGUAUUUAUGGUCACCCAUUAAAUGUUACGACAACGAACCUUACAAAAAUAUCAUCCAUUGCAGAGGAAAUGUUUUGUUGAAAUAGGACGUCUAUCCAGUUGUUGAAGACAGCAAAUUUCAUAAAUGUCAUUUGUGUUGUCAUUCUUAAUUAUCAUGUAUAUAUCAAUUAAAUUUUGUGUUGUAUUACAAGCACAUACAUUUCUUAUUUUCUGAAGUAUAAAAGACUUCUUCUUUUUUUCAUUUGUAAAAAUGUUAUGUAUUUGGUGAUGGGUGCAUUUUUUGGCACUUUGAUAAUUUUGAGCAUAACUUACAUGCAUAUUUUGGAUUAAAAACACUUUUCAGCUAUUUGUUGUCAGAAAUCAACAUGUCGGAUUGAAAUUGACAAUAAGUACUAAAUUCCACUAUCAUGAUACACAAUUAUAAUUUCACUUCUUACUCAAUCAAGUUCAUAAAUUCUUUGUAAUGUAGCAAAUUACCAAUACAUAAUCUUUAUUCAACUGAUGUAUUACCAUUCACUUACUUGUGUUUCUAUCUUCAAAGGCAGCUAUUAAAAUGUAUUAUUAAUCAUGUUGGCAUUCAGAUGUUUUAUAAACAUUUAAGCAAUAAAUUGUUUUCAUGAAA